AUGGCCGAGGCUGCCAUACUUGAGCAGUGCAGGCUGCAUCCCGAGGGCAUUCCCGACCAGGACCUCGCGCAAAAGAUCUCGCACAUCCCCGUGAAUGACCGCGCGCAGGCUAUCAACUCCCUGCUCUCCAGCCGCAAGCUUCAAAUAUACAAGGAUGGCGACACCAUCGUCUACAGGAUGGUCAUGCAGGAGGAAGCGGUGAAGUUUCGGGGGCUCGCCUCGGAGGAUCUCCUCGUCUACCAGAUUAUCCAGCAGAGCGGCAACAGCGGCAUAUGGACGAAAGAGCUCAAGCAGCGGAGCAACCUGGCGCAGGCGCAGAUCACGAAGAUCUUCAAGUCCCUCGAGUCGAGGAAGCUCAUCAAGGCUGUCAAGAGCGUGUCGCAGCAAAACAGAAAAGUGUACAUGCUCUACGAGUUGGAGCCCAGUCGCGAAAUCACCGGCGGGGCGUGGUACACGGAGCACGAGUACGACGCCGAGUUCAUCAACGUCCUGCGCGAGCAGUGCGAGAAGUUCAUCGUGGGCCAGGGGAAGGUCACGCUGGACCAGGUGUCCGAUUUCGUGAAGAAGACGAAGCUGUCGCACGUGGAGCUCGGAAAAGAGGAGGUGCUGCAGAUCGUGAACACGCUCGUGUACGACGGCAAGGUGGAUCAGUUCGACGAGCACGAGAAAGGAGAGGGGGACGCGGACGACGCCAAGGGGGACGGGGACGUGGGGAAUGACGAGAGGGACUACGGGGACGGCGAGAAGGUGACCUAUUACGUACCGGCGGCGUACCCGGUGCCUGAAAAAUCAGCCUUUACGUCGGUGCCGUGCGGGGUGUGCCCGGUGUUCAACGAGUGCCGCCCCGGGGGUUUGAUCUCUCCGGAGACGUGCGUGUACAUGGAGGAGUGGCUCGGACUGGGAAUGGACCCCGUCGACUCUUAG